AUGGCGAACAUCACCGCCACGCUCAAGCUGAACGACCACAACUUCCGCGAAUGGGACAUCUAUUUUCGCGGAAAGCUCAUGAUGAAGGGCAUGCAUCAACUACUUACCCAAAUGCCGACGUCAACUGCCUUGGACGCCAGCAGCGAGGACCAAAAGGCAUUCGGGAUCCUCAUCGACACCUUGGAGCCCAGACAGUACCGAUACAUUGAUGGGCACACACGCGUCCGCGUCGCCUACGACGCACUGGUAGCCCAACAUAAGCAAACAACGAAGAUCGACCGGAUCCAGGUGGCAAUGGAGUGGGCCAAGCUGUCGUGGGACCCGCGCCAAGAGACUCUGCCGGACUUCAUCUACCGGUUCCAGAUCCUUGUCCAGCGUCUAUCAGACGUUAGAGCCGCAGAGACGGAGUCAAAUCAAGUGGUCAAGUUACUUGCCUUGAUGCUGUGGGAGUUCCGUCACCUCGCCGAUCGCUUGUCCAACUUACCCGAUAGCGAACAAACCGUCGCCAAGACGAAGAUCGCACUCGAAGCUGAGUGGAAGGCCGCCACCGCGCCUUGUUCGAACGCGACACCCAAGGAAACGGUGGUCGUGGGCGUAGCCGGGGCCGUGGCGCGUCCCGAAGCGGCUAAGCUGAACGAAACGACCUCCGAGUGCCGCAAGAAGUCCCGCGAGAACGGCCGGCCGAACCUCAAAGGACACUGGCCCGACGGGAAGGACGACCACUCCAACGCAGCCGUCUUCAUGUUCUCGGCAACCGAGAGCGGCAUCGACAUGAUCGCCCUAAGUCAAUAA